GAAAUCUCCAUUAGACACAAGCUCAUUGGCUGGAACAGACACACGCAUGCACACAAAAACACACACCAUCCAGCAACAGAUAGCUCAGUGUCGACCAGAGCAAGGUUAGCUACUCACACGAAGGGACGGCUUCACUGUGACUGUGGGAGGUAGCUAACCAGAAAAAAUGACUGACAGGAUGAGUGAUUUGGAUGCGAACGUGACCCACACAGGUCCGAAAGGAGUCAUCAAUGACUGGAGGAGGUUUAAGCUGGAAAGUAUGGACCAGGACAACUUGCCACCUGCAAAAAGGGAACUGCUCAGACAGAUGUCUUCUCCUCACAAGGCAAGCGACGACACCAGAUCAAAUGUCAACCGCAAGAUGAGUGUCCAAGAGUACGAGCUGCUUAAGGAGGAGGAUGAAGGCUGUCUAAAGAAAUACAGACGGAGGUGCAUGCAGGAGAUGCACGAUAAGCUCAGCUUUGGGCCCAGGUUUGAAGGUGUGCACGAUCUGGACAGUGGAGAGGCCUUCCUAGAGGUCAUCGAAAAGGAGCAUCACACUACAGUUGUGGUUGUCCACAUCUACAAGGUCGGGGUCAAAGGUUGUGAGGAGCUCAACAACUGCCUCGACUGCCUGGCCACCGAGUACCCCACUGUGAAGUUCUGCAGGAUCGAUGCUGUUUCGUCCGGUGCUGCCGAGCGGUUCUCAGACGAGGUUUUGCCUACCCUGCUGGUUUACAAGGCGGGAGAACUACUGGGGAACUUCCUGGCCUGCAUGCAGCACCUAAGCGAGGAGUUCUUCGCCACUGAUGUGGAGGCUUUCCUCAACAGCUAUGGCCUGUUGCCAGAGAAAGAGAUGCCUGGUGCGGAAGAUGAAGAGGAAAACGAUGUCGAAUAAACAACGGGUUUUGGCUGCGGAGGAGGAAAGGAAACUGUCUGGGAUAGAGAGCUAUGACAGACAAGUUAUUAUCUCUACUAGUUCAAUAGACUUUAUAUAAAAAUGGACGACACUGCUACACACACACUGGCUCCAAAUGUGCAAGAUGGCAGAAUUCAAUAUUUGGGAUAUUUUGGCUUCUUGGAGAAGUGGAGACACAUCAUCCAUCUUCAUACACAGUCUAUGGCUCACUGGUGUUUUAGGGCUGUUCAUUAAAGGAGACAUUUUACAUCCAGUUUAUGAUGGUGCUCUCAAAUGUGGGUGUGGAUAAGGUGAGGAGAUUCAGAAUUUAUUUGUAAAAGAAACACAGUAUAUCACAAAUCCCCCUCAUCAGCACCAAAACAAAAACCAAACCAGCUGUAACUAUAACAGAGAUGUUUUAUUUUGUAAUGUUAGGAAACGUUGCCUGCUGUAUGUACUUGUAAAAAUUGUUUCAUGGACUUUUUUUGUAGCGUUUGAUUGGAUCUGUACACAAGUUAUUUACAAAUGCAGAAUUCGUAUAAAGUGACAAUGUCCUCGUGUGAUAGAAUAUUAAAACAUAUGUAUACUUAAGGUUAUUUGCCAAAGUUUUAAGAAGUCGGUUAAAGAGGUUAAUAGAACAGGGACUCGUAGGAGUGAAGAGGCCGAAACAUCUGGAAACAAUUUUGUGUAAACACAUCUUCCAGCUGUUCGGUCCAACAUAACCAACUCUAGCUUCCUCAGCCAAUGUGGAAAAAAAACACUAUUGAGCCUCUGCUAUUUAAACAUCAUCAGAGAGAAGAGUUCAAUAGACAGAAAUGAAAACACGUGUUUUCUUAGUGUGAUGUGACUCAGCAACAAUUCCAUGAUGCUGCACAAUGGUCAAUAUUGUUGUUAUAAGGGUGGGUUACUAUUAAACACUGUGUACUGGAAUAUGAUGAAUCAUAGCCUAAUAUACAUGUUGUCCACAAUAGAAAAAUAAUAAAAUUGUACAAAAUA